AUGUCAAGACCUCGUCGCACAACACAACAACGUUCAAUUAGUCGUUGGACAUCUCAACAGUUGACCGACAGCUUCAUAACAGACAGACUACCUGUUUUGGUUGGUGCUGCUGGGGCUUUAGGUGCAGCAAGAGCUUUAGGGGCAACAUAUUGUUCACCUUAUAUCACAAUGGAUGGUGCUUAUCAUGCUAGGCCAUCUGGCCAGACCUCUGCAUUGCCUCCUACAAGUGCAUUCAGAGGUAGAGUGUAUCUUCCUCAAGAUGAGCUUGCCCAAUAUGGACUAUGUGAUGAUGAUGUUUACUCAAGAAGAGUGACUGAUAAUUGGAGAGAAUUCAUGAAAGGGAAGAUUAACCGGGCUAGGUUUUACUUCAAUCAAGCCGAAGAAGGAGCUUCCAAGCUUGACAAAGAUAACCAAUGGUCGGUGUGGUCAUCGUUGGUGUUGUAUCAAACUAUCUUGGAUGCUAUUGAGGAGAAUGAUUAUGUUAACCAUUUACUCUUUUGGCCACUACAUAAUUUUAAAAAGUAUGUUUUCACAUUCUGGUUAACCACAGUCAGGUACAAUAUGGUUGAACAAGGCUUAGUAAAAGAACAUGUGGAUCCAUUGUUAAUGAAAUCUAUUGGAUGGCAGGGAGGAAGUAUACUAGCCCUUGAGACACUAAAACGUGUGGUGGUUGUUGGAAAUAGGGCAUGGUAUGCACUUGUUGCACAAGGUCUUAGGUCAGUAAUCAUGUUGUGUAUCUAA